UUCUAGGGUUACUGCCGGUCUCGAACCCGGAUAAAAAAAGGAGGGUUAGAUAUGGUGUCAGCAACCACAUCCCGUAGAAAACAACCCUGCUAAAAAAACGCUAACCAGAAAAAACAAUCUAUACAAUGUAAUGGGAGUUAAAGGAUCUACGUUUAGAAGAAUUAUACGACUCAUGAUGAAAGCCGAGAUUCGUCGGAAGUCAUCGGCUAAUGUCCCUUCUCAAAACUAGAGCGGCAUUUAUUAUAGGUAUAUGGAAUGUCCAGACAAUGUUGGAGACUAAAAGAACCAGUCAAAUAGCUGCGGAAAUCAAAAGAUACAACUUGGCGGUUUUCGAAAUCAGUGAAACCCAUUGGACCCAGGCUGGACAGGAAAGAUUAGCUUCAGAAGAGAUUAGGUUGUACUCUGUUCAUGAAGGAGAAAGUGUUUCGCACACACAAGGAGUCACACCAAUGCUGUCCAGACAACCACGAAAAACACUUCUACGAUGGGAAUCUCAUUUAUCCAGAAUCAUCAAACCAUCCUUCAAAACAAAGAAGAAGGGAUCAUAAUGAAUGUUGUCCAAUGUUAUGCACCCACCAAUG